AUGCUGGAGCCGGAUCUGCUCUCCCAGCAACAUCCAUUGUCUGACCCACUAAUGCCCUGGGCCGUCUCUUACGUCUCAUCAGACUCUUGUCUCAGUGCACCUUUGCUGGUGGCAGGCAAUCGAUUAAGGCCCCAAGUGUCCAUGACGCACGGAUGUCUGUCCCAGGGCUUUUGCUUUGGGGUUUGUCAUGACCUCACCACACUUGUCCGGGGUAGUUCAGACGAGCUCAAACCAUGUCUGACAGAAUUUUUCAAAGUCCGGGCUAUCGUCGUGUGUGGUCACCAGGGCGUCAUAUGCUUUGCUGAUGCUGGUGUCGAUAAAGUAAAGGGCAAGGUGGGCGGCAGCAUCCAUCGAGAUACCAACGCCGGUGCGCUUAACGGGAACAUUGUUCCGGAGUAG